AUGGCGGAGCAGGAGAGCCUGGAGUUCGGCAAAGCCGACUUCGUGUUGAUGGACGCCGUCACCAUGCCCGAGUUCAUGGCCAACCUCCGUUUGCGGUUUGAAAAAGGACGGAUUUAUACGUUUAUUGGAGAAGUGGUCGUUUCCAUGAAUCCUUACAAAAACUUAAACAUCUAUGGGCGUGACAUGAUUGAGCAGUACAAAGGAAGGGAAUUGUACGAGAGGCCUCCUCACCUCUUUGCAAUUGCUGAUGCUGCUUACAAAGCGAUGAAGAGGCGAUCAAAAGACACCUGUAUUGUAAUAUCAGGUGAAAGUGGGGCUGGGAAAACUGAGGCCAGUAAAUAUAUUAUGCAGUACAUAGCAGCCAUUACCAACCCCGGGCAGAGAGCAGAGGUGGAAAGAGUGAAGAACAUAUUGCUGAAAUCCAACUGCGUGUUAGAGGCCUUUGGCAAUGCCAAAACAAACCGUAAUGACAAUUCCAGCAGGUUUGGAAAAUAUAUGGAUAUCAACUUUGAUUUUAAAGGAGACCCAAUAGGUGGGCAUAUCAAUAAUUACUUACUAGAAAAGUCUCGUGUGAUUGUGCAACAGCCAGGAGAACGAAGCUUUCAUUCUUUUUACCAGCUCCUCCAGGGGGGUUCUGACCAAAUGUUACGUUCUCUACAUCUUCAGAAGGAUGCAUCUGCAUACAACUACAUCUGUCCUGGAGCACAGAUAAAGUGUUCCAUCAAUGAUGGUGCAGAGUUCAAAGCAGUAGCCGAUGCCAUGAAAGUGAUAGGCUUCAAGCAAGAGGAGAUUCAGACUGUCUACAAAAUUGUGGCAGCCAUUCUUCACUUGGGGAACUUGAAGUUUUCUGUGGAUGGUGAUACACCUGUAAUAGAAAAUGGCAAGGUUGUGUCGAUCAUCGCAGACUUGCUGUCAACAAAAUCUGACAUGGUGGAGAAGGCUCUUUUGUUUCGAACUGUAGCUACAGGUCGGGAUGUCAUUGACAAACAACAUACUGAACAGGAAGCCACCUACGGCAGAGAUGCCUUUGCAAAAGCUAUAUACGAGCGCCUCUUUUGUUGGAUUGUGACACACAUCAAUGAUGUGAUCGAAGUGAAGAACUAUGACACUACAAUACAUGGGAAAAACACCGUCAUUGGCGUCCUGGAUAUCUAUGGCUUUGAAAUAUUUGACAAUAACAGUUUUGAGCAAUUUUGCAUUAAUUACUGCAAUGAAAAGCUACAGCAGCUCUUUAUUCAGCUGGUUCUAAAGCAGGAACAGGAAGAGUACCAGCGAGAGGGAAUUCCCUGGAAGCAUAUUGAUUACUUUAACAAUCAGGUCAUCGUCGACCUGGUAGAACAGCAGCACAAAGGGAUCAUCGCUAUUCUGGAUGAUGCCUGUAUGAAUGUUGGAAAGGUUACAGACGAGAUGUUCCUUGAGGCUCUUAAUAACAAGCUAGGGAAGCAUGCUCAUUUCUCCAGCAGAAAGCUUUGUGCAACUGACAAAACGCUGGAGUUUGACAGAGACUUUCGAAUCAAGCACUACGCCGGAGAUGUGAUUUACUCAGUCACUGGAUUUAUUGACAAAAACAAGGACACUUUAUUUCAAGACUUCAAGCGCCUCAUGUACAACAGCUCUAACCCUGUGUUGAAGAUGAUGUGGCCUGAAGGUAAACUGAGCAUCACUGAGGUAACCAAGCGACCUCUGACAGCUGCUACUCUUUUUAAGAACUCCAUGAUUGCACUAGUGGACAACCUGGCAUCGAAGGAACCCUAUUAUGUUCGUUGCAUUAAGCCCAACGAUAAGAAGUCACCACAGCUUUUCGACGAGGAGCGUUGCAGGCAUCAGGUUGAAUACCUUGGCCUUUUGGAGAAUGUGAGAGUCCGUCGAGCAGGCUUUGCCUACCGCCAAACGUAUGAGAAGUUUCUUCACAGGUACAAGAUGAUCUCGGAAUUCACUUGGCCAAAUCACGACCUCCCUUCAGACAAAGAUGCCGUGAAGAAGCUCAUAGAGUGUCACGGAUUUCAGCAUGAUGUUGCUUAUGGCAAGACCAAGAUUUUCAUCCGCACGCCUCGAACUCUGUUCACCUUGGAGGACCUGCAUGCCAAGAUGCUUGUGAGGAUUGUCCUCUUCUUACAAAAGGUUUGGAGGGGCACUUUGGCUCGCCUUCGCUAUAAGAGGACAAAGGCUGCCCUCACGAUACUCAAGUAUUACCGCCGCUACAAAGUGAAGGCCUACAUCCAUGAGGUUGCCCGACGCUUUCACAAUGUGAGGCUAAUGAAGGAUUAUGGCAAGCACGUGCAAUGGCCCACCCCACCAAAAGUGCUACGCCAAUUUGAAGAGGCACUCCAGACCAUUUACCAUAGGUGGAGAGCAACUGAACUCAUCCGGAGUGUCCCACCAGAAGUCCUACCUCAACUGAGGGCCAAGGUUGCUGCCAUGGAAGUGCUGAAGGGUCACAGAGCUGAUAUUGGCCUACAAAGAGCAUGGGAGGGGAAUUACAUCGCACUGAAACCAGAUAACCCUCAGACCACCGGCUCUUUCAUCCCUGUUGCCAAUGAGCUGAAACGGAAAGACAAGUACAUGAACGUUCUCUUCUCCUGUCACGUCCGCAAGGUCAACCGCUUUAAUAAGGUGGAGGAUAGAGCAAUCUUCAUUACUGAUCGGCACCUUUAUAAGAUGGACCCUAUGAAGCAGUACAAAGUGAUGAAGACCAUCCCCCUCUACAAUUUGAUAGGAUUGAGUGUCUCCAAUGGAAAGGACCAGCUCGUGGUCUUCCACACAAAAGACAACAAGGAUCUCAUUGUCUGUCUCUUCAGUAAAGAGCCCUCUAAUGACAGCAGGAUUGGAGAGCUGGUGGGAGUCCUGGCAAAUCACUUCAAGAGUGAGAAACGCGCUCUGCAAGUCAGCGUCACCAACCCAGUCCAGUGCAGCCUGCAUGGGCGGAAAUGCACCGUCUCCGUGGAAACCAAGAUUAACCAAUCCCAACCGGAUUUCACCAAGCAUCGUUCCGGUUUCAUCCUCUGCGUGCCGGGGAAUUAGCAUCCCCCUCCGCUUGGCACAGCAAGCCCGGAGAGCGAGCGAGCGGAGGGCGGAGGAAGGACGG